AAAUAUUUGUAUUUGUGUUAUACAAGGCAGUUCUUCCAUUCCCCUCUUCCUUGCUUGUCAUUCAUCAGCAAGCCCAUACUUGGAUAUCAGUACUUCAUAACUAAUGUUAAACUGUCAAAGCAAAGCUUGAUGGGAUAUCUCACAUGACUGAACAUUUCACCAAGCUGAAGGUUUUGGAACGGAUGUUGGAAGAUGUUAGCUGUGGAUACUGGGGUUGUGGAGGAGUGGUUAUCAGAGUUCAAGACACUGCCAGAAGCAUCGAUAUCCAGCUAUGCUACAAACUUGAAAGAUAAGAGUGCUUUGAUUUCAUCUCUUUACAAAGUAAUUCAGGAGCCACAGAGUGAACUUCUGGAGCCAGUUUGCCAUCAGCUCUUUGAGUUCUAUCGCAGUGGUGAGGAACAAUUGCUACGAUUUACGCUGCAGUUUCUACCAGAAUUGAUGUGGUGCUAUCUUGCUGUCUCAGCCAGCAGAGAUUUGCAGAGCAGUGGAUGCAUAGAGGCUCUUCUCCUAGGAGUUUAUAACUUGGAGAUAGUUGACAAAGAGGGACAUAGCAAAGUUCUGAGUUUCACAAUUCCAUCUUUGUCCAAACCUUCAGUCUAUCAUGAACCUUCCAGCAUUGGCUCCAUGGCUCUCACUGAAGGAGCUUUGUCGCAGCAUGGUUUGUCCAGGGUUGUAUACAGUGGACCUCAUCCUCAGAGGGAGAUGUUAACAGCACAGAACAGGUUUGAAGUGCUGACUUUCCUUCUGCUCUGUUACAAUGCUGCCUUAAGCUACAUGCCUGCAGUUUCUCUUCAGUCAUUGUGUCAAAUUUGUUCAAGAAUUUGUGUCUGUGGAUAUCCUCGCCAGCAAGUGAGAAAGUACAAGGGAAUCAACAGUAGGAUUCCAGUUUCAUCUGAAUUCAUGGUGCAAAUGCUAACAGGGAUUUAUUAUGCCUUUUAUAAUGGAGAAUGGGAUCUGGCUCGUAAAGCUAUGGAUGACGUUUUGUAUAGAGCACAGCUGGAAUUGUAUCCAGAACCUCUGCUGGUUGCUAAUGCAAUAAAAGCUUCACUGCCUCAGGGUGCCAUGAAAUCUAGUAAAGAAGGUACAAGAUGCAUUCAGGUUGAAAUUACACCUACUUCAUCCAGAAUAUCAAGAAAUGCUGUGACUAGCAUGUCUAUCCGAGGGCAUAGAUGGAAAAGGCAUGGUAAUACUGAUUUAGCAAUUCAAGAAGAACUGAUAGAAGUGUCUGAAACUGAUGAAGGGUUUUACUCUAGGGCUGCUUCUAGUACAAGUCAGUCUGCCCUAUCUAACAGCAGCAACAUGAGCAGCAAGAACCUUUUAGGGAAGAACCAACGAAGGUCUGGAGGAAGCAAAGCUGGAGGAAAAGAAAAAGAAGGAGAAACCUGCAGAGAACACUUGUCACGAAAACAAACUCAGAGAGCCAUGAGUGAGAAUCUAGAGCUUGUCUCUCUGAAGAGACUGACACUGACAACUAGCCAGUCCCUACCUAAGCCUGGUAGCCAUAGUCUGGCCAGAACGACCACUACUGUGUUUAGUAAAUCCUUUGAACAGGUCAGUGGUGUCACAGUUCCAAAUAAUCGUGGUGGUGUAUCUGGUACAGAGGCAAACAGGUUUUCAGCUUGCAGUCUUCAGGAGGAAAAACUGAUAUAUGGAACAGAAAGAACAGAUCUUCCGAUUUUAAGCAAACAAGCUAAUCAGCAGCGACCUCCUAGUAUUAGCAUAACUUUGUCAACAGAUUGAUAUUAAAUUGGCAAGUAUGAAAAAUCAAAUAUUGAGGGUUUAUGCUGAUAUUGGUGCAUUGGUACAUUAAGCUCCUUAUUAUGCUAUACAUUACUUUCUUAAACCUCAAGCCCAUAAAUUCCUAUUUGGCUCACAUUUGACAGUAAUAGUGAAUAGAAAACAGUUGUAAUUAUUUUACAUCAACUUCUAAUAGCGUGGAAAGUUCCUCUUUGACUUACUGUAUUUAUGCACCUGAUUGCUUACGGCUUCAUGUGAAGUUUACAGCUUCACCAAUUUAACAAGCAUUGAUUGGUUGUUUAGCCACUGACCAAGUGGCUUUUUACAAAUGCACAGUAUGGGAACAAAUAGAGCCUCUUUCCCAGAUUCUACUUUUUCACUACCACUUGGCAUAGGCAAAACUGCAAAUACUUGUUUUAUUUAAGAGGAGUCUCACAGUAUGGGCAUGCAAUUUUGAAACAGCAUUGUAAGAACAAAUGUUCUCUUAUGUUAGCCAUGAGAAAGCUGUGCUUACAUGUAAGGUUAAAACUAGAAGCAUCAGUUCAGUGUUGGAUGUUAUGGCAGUUUUUGUCAUGGUAGGUAGUACACGUUGCAAUGUUCAUACUUCUUUAUGCCUAUAUGAGUCUGAAUUAUAGAUGCAUUUUGGUUUUUCUAUACGUCUUUGAAACUGGGCCAAAAGUCAUACAGCAUAAGUACUUGUGGAUGGGAGUUCUUAUCAGUUGCUAUAGUAGUUAUCUUUAGACUUACAAAUUGUGUGACAGACUCUGUCUUUCUUUCAGAUUCUUAAAUAUCAGGCACAAGGCUACUCAUUGAAAAGUCACUGUCAUCAGUAUUUUUAUUAUUUAUGGGGAAGAGAUGUGCUCAUGUAACAAUGUUAUGUAGGAAAUAAGAUAUGAGCCCUUUGCACUGACUCAGGCAAAUCGGGAGUGUGAAUGUGUUUAACAUGAACUUCUUACUUGAGACUAAUACUACCAAAGGAUGUGUACUUUCAGUAUCUUGCAAGCACAAAGGGAAAUUAUAAUGUAAAUAUAACUAACACUGUAAUUACUAGUCUUUUAUAUCUUAUUUUUCUAGUUCGAAAUUCUAAAACAGCAGCCUGUUCGAGGUUACCUAACCUUUAACCUUCGGUUCGUUCAGUGACCUUGUUUGAUACCAACUUUUAUAACAUUAAGAUUUUAAUUAAAAAUGGACAUUAAAACUACUUAUGCAGAAAUUUGGAGAAGCAAUAGCUGACAAAACCACUCCAGUAGCAGUGAUUAGCUGAUAAACAGACAAUAUAUUAUUGUAAAUGGAGAAAUAGGAUGAAGAUCUAAGGCAUAGUCAUUCCCAACUGUCCAGAUUUCUGCAGCUAGUGAUCACUUACUGUCAAGAACCUUGUAAUAAAACAAACACUAAAAUUCUGGGAGACUUUCCUAUUUGCCUGGAGGUAAGUUUAGCUAUCCCUUUUUGACUUAAACUGAAGCACAAGUAACUUCUAAGCAGCUAAUGUUACUCAGGUUUAUAGCAAUUAAUAGGCUGGUUAAUUAACGAAAAGAGAUGAGGAGACAUAGUUGAUAGACAAGUAAGUUGUAUAAUUCUGCUUCUAAGACUGCAGACUAGAUGUGUACAUUUCUUAAUAUUCACCAAAGUAUGUGGAAUAGCUGCAUCAGUGUACAGAUGUUUGUCUUCACCUGAGAGCCUGAAUUUAAAAUGAAUGUGCCACACUUUCUCAUUCUUCAGUUUGUUGUGUGACACUGUUCUAGUAAUUCAGUAUUUCACCUUUUUACAGUGAAGUGUUUUCUUAAUUGUACAUGAAAACUUACAUUCCUAAUGUAUAAACUCCAAGUUUGUCCUGUUUAGUGUUUAAUACUUUGGCCAGUGAAAUAAACUGGUUCUUUGAAGUUG